UGUACAAUCGGUGGCAAGAUAAGCGUCGGGACGACUCGCGGAAGUGUUCGCUUGUUUUUUGCUUCGUUAUUCAUACACGUUGGUGUGAGGACUUGUGACGGUUAAUUGAAAGUGGCGUUAUGCUAGUUCCUUUUUUUAUAGACUGGUGUAGGUGAGAAAAGUGAUUCAUGCAUGUGAUAACGAAGUGACGAUGAAACGACAUUUAAUGGACGUGAUAUGAAUUAUCUGGUUGUGUCAGCGACUACCAUAUGCAGUAACCUGACGGCGGUGGCAAACCAGACAGACGGUCCCGGUGAUGGCGGCGGAAGCGGAGGAGGAGGUGGAGGCGGUGGCACAGGACAUGACGAUGGCGACGAUGACGACGUCGACGCGUUAUCGCCUCUGUCGAUGUCGUGUCUUGGUGUUUUUCUAUCGAUUGUGAUAUUUCUCUCCGUAGCCGGUAAUAUUCUAGUGUGUAUAGCAAUCUACACCGAGCGGAGUCUGCGGCGGAUUGGGAAUCUCUUCCUGGCGUCGCUUGCCAUCGCCGAUCUGUUCGUGGCAUCGUUGGUGAUGACGUUCGCCGGUGUCAACGAUUUACUGGGCUACUGGAUAUUCGGGGCCCAGUUCUGCGACACCUGGGUGGCGUUCGAUGUCAUGUGUUCAACCGCUUCCAUCCUGAAUCUGUGCGCCAUCUCGCUGGACCGGUACAUCCACAUCAAGGAUCCGCUCAGAUAUGGCCGCUGGGUAACACGCCGGGUUGCCAUCGGGACGAUCGUCGUCAUCUGGCUGCUGGCGGCCCUGGUCUCGUUUGUGCCGAUCUCGCUGGACCUGCACCGGGACAAGCGGGACGAAACGGACACCUCGCUCAUCAUUAACGGCGUCAAGUACGAAACGUGCGCCCUGGACCUGACGCCCACCUAUGCCGUCGUUUCUAGUUGUAUAAGUUUCUACGUACCUUGUAUAGUUAUGAUCGGGAUCUACUGCAGACUCUACUGCUACGCCCAGAAGCACGUCAAAUCGAUACGAGCGGUGACGAGGCCGGGUGAAAUCAGCGAGAAGCGCUACCGCAGCAUACGGAGGCCCAAACCGAGCAAAAACAAGCUGAAAUUGCGGCAGCUGGCCCAUCACGCCUCUUCGCCGUACCACGUGUCGGACCACAAGGCGGCCAUCACCGUCGGAGUGAUCAUGGGAGUGUUUCUCGUCUGCUGGGUGCCGUUCUUCUGUGUAAAUAUCAUCGCCGCGUUCUGCAAGACCUGUAUCGGGCCGCAGACGUUCAAGGUGCUGUCCUGGCUGGGCUACUCUAACUCGGCCUUCAAUCCGAUUAUCUACUCGAUCUUCAAUACCGAGUUCCGGGAGGCGUUCAAGCGGAUCCUGACGACGAGGAGCUCGUGGUGCUGUGCGCAGGAGAUGGGCAACAUUUAUCCGCGGCACAGCGACCGCUACGUGACGGACUACGCGGCCAAAAAUGUGGUCAUGAACUCCGGGCGAUCGUCCGCCGAUCUCGAACAGGAUGAACAAGAAGACCAAGAGUACUUUUCCAUCUUCUGACGGACUGAAGGCAAGGAUUGGAAUUAUAAUACUAUUUAUUGAUUUAGUUAGUGAUGUACACUACGAAAAAUUAAGAAAAAAAAAGUUAUUUAUAUAAUAUUGAUUUACGAUAGGUUAUAAGAAUGAUGCUCUGGUAUUUAAAUCCCACCGAAUAUAAUUUACUGGAGUUUUACCCGUUAGUUUCCAAUUAAAAGAAUAUGAAGUUAUAUUAAAAAGACAGUUACAAUAUGACUAGCAGUUUAGUAAAGACUUUAUAAAAUUAUAUUUUUUUUAUAUUCACGAAAAAAGUAAGAAAUGAUAUGGAAUUUCUGUAAUCAUAAGGAAAAAGGUGUAUGCAAGGGUAAGUAACUUCUUCAAUAAAUAUAUUUCUAUAAAUUCCUUAAUAAUACCA